AGGGCGGCGGCCGGGGGCGCGGCGGGCUGUGGGCGUGGCGAGCGCGCGCCGCCUUCCUGCUGUGGCGCCCCCUCCGGGGCCGAGCGCGAGUGCGCGCCGGGAGCGAGUGCGCGCGCGCGGCCGCCGGUCUGCCGCCUCGUCCUCGCCCCGCAGCCGCGGCCGCCUCGGCCCCUCCCCGCCCCGCGAGCUGCGCACCGCCCGCCGCCCGCCCCAGUGACUCGCGCCCGCGCCCUUGUCCACCGACCCCGCGGCGGGCUCCAGGCGCCGGCAGCAUGAGCGGCGGCGGCGACGUGGUGUGCACCGGCUGGCUGAGGAAAUCGCCCCCCGAGAAGAAGUUGAGGCGCUAUGCCUGGAAGAAACGCUGGUUUAUCCUGCGGAGUGGCCGGAUGAGCGGUGACCCCGACGUCCUGGAAUACUACAAGAAUGACCACUCCAAGAAGCCCCUGCGGAUCAUCAACCUCAACUUCUGUGAGCAGGUGGAUGCAGGCCUGACCUUCAACAAGAAGGAGCUGCAGGAUAGCUUUGUGUUUGACAUCAAGACCAGCGAGCGCACCUUUUACCUGGUGGCUGAGACCGAGGAGGACAUGAACAAAUGGGUCCAGAGCAUCUGUCAGAUCUGCGGCUUCAGUCAGGCUGAGGAGAGCGCAGAGUCCUUUCUCCUUUUCACAGAUUCGCUGAGAAACAUUUCCUCAGCCAGUCACGGCGCCCGCUCCUCUCCAGCCGAGCUCAGCAGCUCCAAUCAGCACCUUCUCCGAGAACGAAAAUCCUCAGCCCCGUCCCACUCCAGCCAGCCGACCUUGUUCACCUUCGAGCCCCCCAUGUCCAACCACAUGCAGCCCACCUUGUCCACCAGUGCACCCCAAGAGUAUCUCUACCUGCACCAGUGCCUAAGCCGGAGAGUGGAGAACACCAGGAGUGCCAGCUUCUCUCAGGGCACCAGGGCCUCCUUCCUCAUGAGGAGUGACACAGCUGUACAGAAACUUGCCCAGGGCAACGGACACUGUGUCAACGGGGUCAGCGGUCAAGUCCACGGCUUCUAUAGCCUCCCCAAGCCGAGCCGGCACAACGCAGAAUUCAGAGACAGUGCCUACGACCUGCCCCGGAGCCUGGCCGCCCAUGGCCACACCAAGGGCAGCCUCACAGGCUCCGAGACGGAUAACGAGGACGUGUACACCUUCAAGACGCCCAGCAACGCCCUGUGCCGGGAGUUCGGGGACCUCCUGGUGGACAAUAUGGAGGUGCCGGCCACCCCCCACUCAGCCUACCAGAUCCCUAGGACCUUCACCCUGGACAAGAACCACAAUGCCAUGGCAGUGGGCGCUCCUGGGGACUCGGCCAUAGCUCCCCCACCCAGACCCCCCAAGCCAAGCCAGGCAGAAACACCUCGCUGGGGAAGCUCUCAGCAGAGACCCCCCAUCGGUGAGAACAGCAGAUCGGUCUCUGCCGCCACCAUCCCCAGGCGCAACACCCUCCCGGCCAUGGACAACAGCCGACUUCACCGAGCUUCUUCCUGCGAGUCCUAUGACCACCCUCAGCGAGGCGGAGAGAGUGCGGGCCGCUCUUCAGAGUCCAUGAGUGACGGAGUCGGUUCUUUCCUGCCGGGGAAAACACUCAUAGGCCGAUCAGACAGCACCAAUUCCGAAGACAACUACGUGCCCAUGAAUCCCGGCUCCUCCACUCUGCUGGCCUUGGAGCGAGCAGGUGACAACUCCCAGAGCGUCUACAUCCCCAUGAGCCCAGGACCCCAUCUCUUUGACCCCCUCAGCUACCCUGCAACAGCCCUUUCUAUGCAUCGAGGCUCCAGCCGGGGGAGUGAGAUCCAGCCACCCCCUGUCAACCGCAACCUCAAACCUGACCGCAAAGUGAAGCCAACCCCACUCGACCUGCGGAGCAACACAGUCAUCGAUGAGCUCCCCUUCAAGUCCCCUGUCACCAAGUCUUGGUCGAGGGCCAUCCACAGCUUCAGCUCCAGCUCCUCCCAGUACUGCCGCCCCACCUCCACCCAGAGCAUCACCAGCACGGACUCAGGAGACAGUGAGGAGAACUACGUCUCUAUGCAAUACCCAGUGUCUGCCUCGCCCAUUCCCAGCGGCACCAGCAGUCCAGCCCCGAAGAAGAGCACCGGCAGCGUCGACUACCUGGCCCUGGACUUCCAGCCAAGCUCUCCAAGCCCCCACCGCAAGCCGUCCACAUCGUCUGUCACUUCCGACGAGAAGGUGGACUACGUCCAAGUGGACAAGGAGAAGACCCAGGCCCUGCAGAGCACCAUGCAGGAGUGGACAGACGUGCGGCAGUCCUCGGAGCCUUCCAAGGGUGCCAAGCUGUGAUGGGGCUGCCAAGCCUGGAGAGGGGCCCAGGCACUGAAGCUGGCUCCUCCCCAUCUCCCCUCUCUCCUCUCCUGUUGCCCCUUCCAACCUCCCCUCUACUUGGCCACCCUUGGCUUCAAAGCACUGGGGUCAGGGACCCUGAGCCUUUCCUGGGAGGUAGGGCCUGACGGAGGCACCGCCUCCACCCCGCAGGCCCACCUCUGGUUUUUACCAGUGAUGGCCAUGCCUCCAUUCACCUUAGUUAGGGCGCUUGCCAAAAGCAUCCUUCAGCCACUUCCUGCCCUUGAGACCUGAGUACCUUCCAGAUGUGUGGAGGGAAGAGCCGGGGCCCGGAGCUGGACCCCACACCUCACCUCCUUCCCAGCCCCUGCCGCCGCCUCCGGGCUGCCUCCUCCAGUCCCGGAAAAGCCCAUCGUCUCACUGACCAGGACGACGAGGACCAGCAGACCAAAGGGGACCUGGACGUUAUCCCUUUCUGUCUCAGCAGGGGAGAGGCAAGGCCACCAAAAAGUGGAGGAGUUGGGAGGGAAGGUUAGAGGUGGUCUCUGGGCACAAAGGACUUAGAUCCCCAGCUGCACUGCCCCCUCCCCACUUUCAGCCAAGUGGCAGUGCACCUGUUGCAGGUGAAGGGGCAGAAGAAUGAGGACAAAAGGAAGGAAAAACUGAGGAUGAAGGGCAACAAGAACAAGGAAAGGGCCAUAGCCCAGGAGAUGGAGAGACAAGGACACAGCUUGAUCCUCAGGGGCCGGCCCUGGGAGCUUCCCCAGGACCUCCUCAAGUUCCUGCCACCUGAGGGUACCACGUGAGAGAGGGCUUGGGCGGGGCUGGAUGGUAUGGGGUAGGGGAGAGAGGGAGCCUGGGGGGCACUGGAGGUGAUGCAGGGCCUGAGGGACGACCCUGGGACAGCAGUGGGCUGGGCAGAAGGCAGUGCAUGGACACAGGGGGGACGGGCAGCAAGUUUCUGCAAGAUGAGCAGUGCAAGGGGUGCAGGUGACUGAUGGAUGAGAGGCAGGAGUGAAGGCCUUGUGGGGACAGCAUAGCAAAUAUACCGAAAGGGCCCAGUGGAAUGGCCGAGGCAGUGCUGUGGGGAUCGGGAUGGACAGAAAGUGAAGGAGAGAUGUCAUGUGAGGGGAGUGGUGUGCGUAGUGUCAGUUCCCAGCAGUCAUGGAUGAUGGGGAAAGCAGUGCAAAGGAGCGAGCAGGGCAGAGCCUGGAGGAUGACGCGGGAUUCGGGCCAGGGCCUGGUGCCAGCUGAGUGUUUCUCAGCUCCUCUCACACUAUGUUGAACCCUCACAGCCCAGGUGCCACGUUGGACUCUAACCUGGCUGCAGGGACAGGAGGGGGGCUUCACCUCAGCCACUUUCUCCUGAGCCAGGGCCAGGGGGGAUCUGAAUAUUACGUUUAAAGUUCUUGGCCAAAUUUUCUAGUUUCAGAGGGAACUGGGAAGACGAGAUGUUUGAUCCUGCCCUGGGAAGUAGACCAUCCCAACAAAGAUGACUUCCCACUAUACUGAAUGGAGGUGGCUACCGCUCUUUCAGUUUCUGUGAGUGUGUGUAUACACCCCUCACCAGCCCAGGGCCUGACCACUCCCUAAGAAGUCACAUCCUGGAGAAAUUACUUUCUCCACAGUAGCCCCUCCUCCCGUAUCAUCACCCAGCACAUGUAUUAAUGGCUGCUGGGACCAGGCUCUGGGACAGGCACUGAGGACACAAGGUAUUGGUAAUGGCCGUGAGAGACUGAAAAUGCUGCUGCCCCCUUCCUAGGACGAAACACAGCCAUCCCGAAGUGGCUGGAACAUGAGUGAGGAAGCGAGGCUGCUCCGGGAGGUGGGUGCCAGGGCAGGCGUGGGAAGGGGCUGAGAUCAGACAAGGUGGCUUCUAGGGAAAGGAGGUGCCCGAGAUGGGGCUCAGAAGAAGAUGGGUCAGAUUUUUAAGUGGAGGAAAAGGCUUGGCGAGCCUUGUGCUUUGGGAACAGAAGACCUUUGGGAGUACGGGUCCCUGGCUCCGUGUUCCCGCAGGGGAAAGGGCAGUGGUGGCCACGGCCUACCAUGAGCAGGUGUGCCGUUCCCUCUAUCCAGCCCUGACUGUGUCCCUAGGAGGGGAGCUUUUAAUGGCACCACCCCUGUGCCCAGCAGGCUACAGGUAGGCCCAGGUGUGGGUGCCCUAAUGUCAGUAUUUUCUGGAUGUGCCAUGAUGUGGACUGGCUGGCGUCUUCAGAGACUGUGUUCAGAUCUAAUCUGCAAGGAGCCCUCCCUUCAGUUCUUGGUUCCUGUAACUCCCAAACUCUCAGGGUAGAGAUGGAAGGAAGUACAAGGGAAGAGGACACUGGCUCACAAGCCCCACACUACCGGGUGUUUAGCACAUACCUGUCGGCUCAGUUUAAGAAACUGGUCCUUUGGCCUCUUGGGUCAAAGCUCCCCUUUCCUCUCCUGGUGGCCUGGCAGGACUAGGGUUGCUGUCUCAGCCCCUUUAACACAGGAUUCCUGCCUGGGGCGCCCUCCCCCACCUCCAGCUCCACCUCUGCCAGGUUACACACGGCAGAGCAGGAACUGAGACAAGAGGGAGAGGUUGCUACAGGGAGAUGUCGCUCCCUCUGACCUUGGUUUGCCCGUCUAUGAAAUGGGUGGUUAGAUUAGGUCUCUGAGGCCCCUGAUAGGGCGGAAGCUCAGCUGUUUUAAGGGAGAACUCCCUUCCCUGUGGCCUCUCUCAAGGGUCUGGAUCACUAGGGAUGGGCAACACCCAAACAUGAGCCAGUUAACCCAGUCUCUUCCCUGGUUGAGUUUGGUAACCUCUCCAUCUGAAACCACUCAAACUUGCCCCAUUCGUAGGACAGAAGCACAGCCAUUCUGCAGUGAUUGGAGCACAGGCUCCACCCCAGUCUGCCCUUUGCCCCCUACCUGCCAUGGGGUUAAGGCCUCAGCCCCCACGAGGCCAGGCCCCUCACCCCCACCCUGCCGCACCCUUUGACGAGCUCUGGAAGCAGAGCGCAGUGUGUCCUGCCUCUCUCUGGGCCUCCCUCUGCAGAGUGUGGGGGAUGAGCUGACCACAGGAGCUUAAAGCCCCGCCUACAGGCCGUCAUCCUGGGACCCCAAGCUCUUUGGGGCCAGGUCGGCCGCCUUGAGGGGGGUCCCACUGGAGAGUCAGGCCGUCACGUGCUAUACGGUGGGGGGUGUGUGUGUGUGUGUGUGUGUGUGUGUGUGUGUGUGUUGGUUACAUGUCUUGAAGUUUAGAAUCCUUCACACGGAAUUGUUGCUGUUUGUCAGGAACAGAGAUAGGCUAGGAGAAGCGCAGGCUUGGGUUCUUGCCCCGUUACCAUUUAAAAUUGACAUUUAAUUUUUCAAAUCACUGUUGGUGCCUAAUCACUUAAGUUAUUAAUUUAUUCUGUUUUCUUUUUUAAAAACAAAAAAAUUGUAACAUAUUUAUCCUGUGAGUAGGUCUGGGGUGGGGCGGGCAUGGGUUUGUGUGGGUCAUUUUUGCUGUGGUGACACAUGGUACAGGCCUGACACGUGCAGGUCGCUUUUUACUGUGGUGUUGGAGCAGGACAACAAUAAAGUCCAACGGAAGCAA